AUGCAAGGAGAUACAGUAGUGUAUGACACGGAAAAUAAAAUAGAAGAUAAAAAUACUAAGAGAUACGUUAAUACAUUAUUUUCAAAUGAACUAAACGGAAAUAAAAAAAUACACUUAAAUUCAGGGAAACUUAAAAAUUCUAAAUUAUUCAUGAAUAGUAAAGAUAACAAACUCUCAAAAAAAGAAAACGCUCAUUCCACAAAACAUUAUCCUUAUUUGAAAAAAGAAAGGGAAUUGAAUGAAAUUAUCAGUGAUGAAAAGAAUUUCAUAAUUAAAAGUGGAUAUAAGAAAGAAGAAAAAAAUGAAUCAUUUAUUCAUGAAAGUGCUAACACCAUUUAUAAUAACAUAUUUUUAAAAGAAAAAAAUUUAAAUGAUAUUUAUGAUUUUAAAAAUGCUAAUAAAAAAAAUGCAUAUAAUUCAAGUAAUUUUAUUGAAGAUUAUAUAAAAAAAAUAAAAGAAAGUAAUUUUAAUAGUGUAUUAAACAUAAUUGAUAGUGAUAUUGCAAAAAAAAAAGAAUUGUAUAAUAAAAAAGUGAUUGAAUUCAAUGAUUUUAUAUACAAGGUAGAUUGUAUGUAUUUACAAAACUGGGAAAAUGAACAUGAAAUGGCAAAUAAUGAAAUAGAAUCAUAUAUUAUUCAAGAUAAAAAUAUGGAAAACGAAGGAAAGGAGUUGUUAGAAGUCGUGGAAAACAUGAUAAGUGAAUUAAGGAAUUUAUUACAGAAAAUAAAAAAAGGCAUACAUAUUAAUAAAGAUCAAAUGUUAAAUAUACAAAAGGAAAUGAAUGUGUUGAUUACACGAUUUCAAAAAAUAGAAGAAGAAAAUUAUUAUUCUAUUUCUCAAGAGGGAGAAUAUAAAUACUUCUUAAAGAAAAUAGGAUUUCAAAAAAAAUGUAGAAAUAUGGAAUUUUAUCAAUUCUAUGAAAAGAAGCUUUCCGAAAAAAAAGGGAAAAAAUAUAACACAUUAUCCUGGAAUAACCUUAAAAAUAUUGCUAACACAAAGGCAAAAAAUGUAUUCAAAAAUUUUUCUAAUAUAUUUCCAAAACCUUAG